AUGACUGCUAUUGAGCGCAAAUGCUCCGUUGUUAACCUCGACCCCGCGAACGAUCAUACGUCGUAUCAGCCAGCCGUGGAUCUCGUCGUCGUACACUUGACUGACUCUAUGAUACUAUCUCGACCGUCGCUAUACGUCUCAUCGCUACUACUCGCCCUACGCAGCAUGCUACAAAUGGACCUCCCUCACCUCAACGUCCUCACCAAGAUCGAUAACCUGCGCAACUACCCCGACCUACCUUUCAACCUCGACUUCUACACCGAAGUCCAAGACCUACACUACCUCCUACCACACUUGAAUCGCGAACAAGCAUCCGGCAUCCCAGGCCCCACAACAGCUCGCACAAACGAAACAGCAGACGAAGAUGACGACGAAGAACCAACUUCAAAAUUCUCAGCGCUAAACAAAGCAAUCGUCGAACUCGUCGAGGACUUUGCACUCGUAGGCUUUGAGACCCUAGCAGUCGAGGACAAGAAAAGCAUGAUGACACUCCUCCGAGCCGUAGAUCGCGCCGGCGGCUUUGCAGUAGGCGGCAUAGAAGGCGCAAACGACACUGUCUGGCAGAUGGCCAUGCGCGAAAAUGCGGCCACCAUGGAUGCGCGCGACGUGCAAGAGCGGUGGCUGGACCGGCGGGACGAGCUGGAUGAGGAGGAGAGGAAGGCGUGGGAAGAAGAGACAAAGGAUAUGCGUGAUCCUCCUGCUCAGAAAACUGUGAGAGUGCCACCACCGGCUGCUUCUGGAGAAAAGGCUGCGUCGAAACAACAGCAUCCGGCAGAGAGCAACCCGAAAGAAGAUAGCGAUGAUGAUAUGGGGGAUUUGGAGGAGAUGAGGAGGUUUAUGGAAGAGAAGAAGGAUUUGGGGAUUAAUAUUGUUAGGAAGAAAGAAUAG